AUGGGUUUAGGUGCCCUUUGGGCGGACUUCAAGGAUGACUUGUUCACGUACAGGACGGUGAAGUUGGUGAAAACGAAGAACCCACUUCUGGUGACGACGGAUUUGACGUUCAAAAUCCUCAUCGCGUUAUUCGCGCUCGUGUCCAUGAUUAUCAUGAAGAACUAUAAUAAAUUCAGCACGCCGAACUUAUACGCCAAGUCGCAGUUUGAAGUUCCGCACGCCAUCGUGCCGAGGUACUCGAUGGGCGAAGAUGGGAGCAGAUCGGUACAGACGAGCUUUCUCGGGGAUUCGAAAGAGGUUAUCGAAGAGCACGCGGAAAAUGCGACGUAUUGCGAAAACGCGACUUAUAUUAAUUGGCGAUCGCCGACGUACGGCGGAACGUAUUCGACGGUGCAUUAUAGCACGGACGCGGCGGCGUGCGCGGCGUCGGCGGAGUGCACGACGCCAAUUGGGUGCAUUACCGGCGGGAUGUCAGUGGGAGAGAUGGUGAAAUUAACCCCGAGCGGUUUGUGGGUGAAGACGUUUUUGCAGGAGUGGACGUUUAGUAGACAGUGCGACGGGUGCGGGGACGCGGACGGGUAUUCUCCGCCACCCCCGGAUUCUCCUUCUCCACCUCCUUCCCCAAGUCCUCCACCAUCACCACCGCCAGAAGGUGCCCCGAGUCCUCCUCCAUCACCACCGCCGGCGGAACCUAGUCCGCCACCGUUUCCGAGUCCGCCGCCUUCGACUAUGUGUGCAAACCACUAUGCUUUUCCACAGAGUUGCGCGUACGGGUUGAUGGGCGUGAGAAGAGGCUUUACGAUUGCGCCGGAGAACAUCUUCUUACCGUUGGAAAUAUGGUACCAAGACAGUCUAGGAAACUUUAAUCAACCUAAGAAAGUGUUUUUUAACGGCGUCGAGUACGAUGGAACCGCUGGGGCGUUGCAAGGGAUUACGUUGAAAGAUUUAUUAGAGUCUGCCGGCGUCGCGUUGGACGAUUACAACGAUUUUUUGUGCGUCGUUGGUAACGACGAAGCAGACGGCGGGUGCGCGCAAGGUUCGACGACUGGAUUGACCUUUCGAUUGACGGGCAUUAAGUUAUUAGUGACCGUGAAAUGGGAAUCGGUGCAUUACUUAGAACCGCUGAAUAACGACGUUUGGGCGACGUUGAGCGUCAGAUUCAUUCCAUCCAAGCAAAUGCACAGUAUUGGAACUGACGCGCAUUACAUGGACACUGGAAAUCCUUGGCAUUCAAACGUUAUGGAACGAACGUUCAAUGGGGUGGAGAUAAUAUACGAGUCUGGUGGAACGGUCGGUGUAUUUGAUAUUUUCACCUUGAUGUUAGCGGUGACGAACGCGUUUGUGUUGAUUGGCAUGGCGACGACGAUCUGCGACGCACUCGGGACUGCCACUUCGGAACAGUUUAUGGACGAUAAAUACGAAGACGACGGCGAACGCGCGGGUUUAGAGUAUAUGUUAGAAAUGAUUGACGAUAAACAAAUGCCUGGUUUGCCGUUUAAAGUGGAAGAUUUGAAGUUACGAACCGACAACGACGAACCGACGGAGACGUACGAAAGAGCGAUCCAAACGUUACAGAUUCAAAUAGCAAACGUAGAAAAUAGACUAUCGGUGUUACCCGAGGACGAGAGCGAAUUGAGAGCUUUAAAUACCGGGCACAUGGAUAAGAUUGAAUAUAGAAAGAUGAAACUGUCGUUGAUGGAAGACCCGCAGGCCUUGGCGUUGAAGCAACAGCAACAAGCGCCUACUACGCCUCGCAGUGGUUCGGCGAGACGGCGACAGAGUUUAAUCACAGAAAUACCGUUGUACCCUGGCAAUCAAACCAUUGGUCGCGGUAUGGCGGGUAUAACUGGCAAAGCGAUUUCUCGCUCGCAAUUGACGUUAGCUGUUAUUCGCGAAAAAGUUCGCGUGAAGAGUUUACGCGACGGGCCGGGCGUCUUUAGACUAGCCGUCGGUCGAUGGGAAUCCUUGCCAUCCGAGAAAGCUGCGGUAAUAGAACCUGGAGAUAAGAUCUGUUUGCGAUUAAGGGAGGGUCGACCGGGUGGUCACGAAGGUAUUUUUGAGUUGCAAUACCAAGACGAGUUGAAAGAUGUGGACGAGAACAAGUCGUGCACGAUUUUUGGCUUCGAGGUAUUCAAAGCGCCGAAAAAAUAA